AUGGAGUCGUGCAGGGCGGAGGCCUCUCUCGAGGCCCUGACGGACGCCGCCUUCGACAAGGACGACGGCGUGCGCAGGCAGGUCGCCCAGUCCCUGCACAGCCUGGGCUGCCAGAACCCCGAGCAGGUGCUGGGCUCCUGCCUGGAGUUCCUGCAGAAGCACGGUCAGCUGGAGCAGGGGCAUCGGACGGCCAUCCUGCAGUGCAUGGAACGCAUCGUGCUCGACACCAUCGGCCUCAUCGGCCAGCCGCUGGCCAAGAGGAUGAUCGCCCUGGCCUCCGAGGAGAUGAUCAAGUCCGGAGAGGCGGAGGUCGGCUGGAAGGAGGCGGCCAGCAACCUGCUGGUGGCCCUGGGCUCCCGGUUCAGUGAUGAGAUCCUGGAGGAGGUCAUGCAGAAGCUGCAGCCCGGCACCCUGCCCCAGUUCUUUGUGGUGCAGACCCUGGCCAACCUCUCGGUGGCCAACGUGCAGGGCAUGGUGCCCUACCUGCCCACCACCCUGCAGACCAUGCUGCCGAUGCUGUCCAUGGUCAAGCAGGACAACAUGAAGUGGGUUUUCACGUCUGCCUUGGGCCUCUUCAGCAAGAGUAUCCUGGAGUACCUCUCAAGCGUGGACAGGACGACCAAGCCCGUCCUCUGCAAGGACGUCUUCUCCCAGGAGAUCUACGCCGCCUACAAGAUCCUCUUCGGGAACUGGCUGCGGAACAAGGACAGCAAGCUGAGGACGGCCAUCGUGGUGGCCCUCGGCUACAUGGUCCACCUACUUCCCAGCGACCGGAUAGGGGACGAGCUGCCCCGCUUCGUGGCCGGCGUCCUGGCCCUCUACAAGAAGCGCUGCGAGCCCUUCUAUGUCACCCAGUGCCUGCGCAACGUGCUGGAGACAAGCGUGGAGAUGGGCAGCCACGUGCCCGAGGCCCAGCUGGACGCCCUCCUGCCCCCGCUCCACCACCAGAUGUGCACGCCGGUGGACCCGGCCAGCGAGCUGGGCCGCAAGAACCACGCUGAGGUGCUGCAGUGCUUCGCCAUCCUCCUGCACGUCUCCGUCGACGGGCUGGUCAAGUUCCUGCUGCAGAAGCUGUCCAACAGCAACGAGCGGGUGCGGUUCGGCACGCUGACUGCCCUCGACCACGUCAUCGGCACAGGCUUCAAGCCCCUGGAGACAAAGAAGGCCCUGAUCGUGUGCGGCGUGAGGCAGGCGCUCCAGGACAAUGACAACCGGGUGAAGCUGCUGCUGGCGCAGGUGAUCGGGCGGAUGGGAGAGCACGGCUACCUCCAGCUGGAGGGUGGGUAUACCCUGGUGGAGUUCCUGGUGCAGCAGUGCAGCCUGACGCCCGCUGAGAAUCCCUCCUGGCUCCAGCUCCAGGAGGAGGAGGACGUCAGCGACGAGGAGCUGCGCCGCUUCUGCGAGGGCGUCCUGGGCUCCCUCGUCACCCUGGAUGCCAUGGACGACGUACUGUGGCCCUUCCUGCUGGAGUUUGUCACGCCCAUCCAGUACACCAACGCCCUGGCCACCGUCUGCCGCUGCCUGGAGCGGGUGGGGGCUAAGAGGAGACGGGAGAAGCAACAGAGAACGGCCCUGAACUACAGCGAGAGGCUGGGCAUGCCCAAGCCCCACACCCUGCUGGCCCGCCUACUGGCGGUCUCCGCUACGCCCUACGCGGGCCAGGGGAGGGGUCUGGCGGCCCUCCGGCUGCUCCGGUCGCUGAGCACCAACGUCCACCCGGAGGUGGUGAAGCUGUGGGACGAGGAGCUGCCUCAGCUCGUCCAGUACCUGGCCGAGAGCCAGGAGGACUCCCUCCCCCAGAAGCUGUGGGAGGAUAAGCUCUUCUUCUUUCUCUCGCGCACCCUGGAGACCAUCACGGACGAGAAGUGGACCUGGCAGCUGAGCGAGGAGAUGACGCACCACCUCCACGGCUACCACGGCUUCCCCCGCGAGAAGGCGUUCCUCUACAAGUGCGUGGGCAUCGUGCUGGGCCAGACCAAUAACCGGGACGUGAUCGACAACGAACUGCAGGAGAUGCUGCUCAGCGUCCAGCACGCCGAGCCGCUGGAGCGGGAGGGGCUGGCCACCGGCAUCGGCUUCUGCGCCAUGUCGCACCUGGACGAGACGCUGGCCAAGCUGGACGAGUUCGUCAAGAUGGACAUCGUGAAGAAGACGGCCAGCUUUUUCAACAUCCUGAAGGAAAGGCUGGACGGCGACAUGGAGCGGGUGAAGAGCACCCUCAUCCUGUGCUACGGCUACGUGGCGCUCUAUGCCCCCGAGGGACUCAUCCUCCAGCACAUCGAGCUCAACAUCCUGGACCACAUCCUCAGCCUGUCCAACACCAAGGUCCUGGGUAUCAAGGUGGAGACCAAGGACCUGAUGAUAAAGCUAACCCUGAUCAAGGCGGUGACCCUCAUCGCCAAGGCCAUCCACACCAACAAGAGCAGGCACAACUUCAAGUUCAGCCGCAGGGAGGAGUUGCUGUCCUACAUGCAGGACCUCAUCGCUGGGGAGCCCAGGGCCCAGCUCAAGACCCGCGUGCGACAAACGGCCAUCAACGCCUGCACCCACCUCGUCAGGCUGGAGCCUCGGCUCAACGAGAUGGAGUCGUCCGAGCUCAUCCGCAACUGCCUGGAGGCCGUCUUCUCCUUCCUGCCGCUGGACGCUGACAAGCGGAAGGACACUCGGAAGCUGAAGGAGCGAGAGGUCCUGCACGGCGAGACCAUCGUCGCCCUGCACGAACUGCUGAAGGAGUUCCUCACACAAAGCCUCAACUCCAAGGGCCUGGAGUUCAUCUUCAAGCACGUCCAGGAGUGGAUGGUGUCCAUCAAGGACCACGAGCGGGAGCGGGCGAUGGGCGCCACGCUGGCGCUGCUCGACUUCUAUCGGGAGAGGUUCAACGCCAUCCACGCCGGCACCUUCCACAACCUGGGCGAGCUGGUCGGCCGGCUUGUGCCGCGCUGUGCCGACCCCGUGCUCCCCGUCCGCUAUGCAGCCAUCGACAGCCUGCAGGCGCUGCUGUGCAUCCAGGAGCGCUACGAGAUCUGCGCCACCUCCCGGGCAGACGGGGCGGCGGAGCGCCUUCACGCCGUCAAGGCUCGGCUCCAGAACCCCGACUGCCACGCGCUCUUCGAGAUCUGCUGCGACGUGGCCAAGGUCAUCUCCGGCCGGCUGCCCAGGGACCAGCUGCCCUCGCUGCUCUUCGCCCUCUUCGAGGGCCUCUCUGACUACCACAGCACCAGUGCCAGCGCCUGCUCGGUGGUGAUGAACGCGCUGGUGCGGAGGCACGGCGAGGCUCUGCGGGACCACGUGCCCGACAUCCUCGGCCGCCUGCAGGCACGCGUGCAGAGCAUCAGCCUGGAGCAGGUCCGCUUCUCCGUCACCUACUUCAUCUCGCUGCUCACCGCCCAGUGCAUGCCCGGUGUGCUGGCCCACCUCCUCCUCCAGCCCCUGCCCUUCGACAAGUACACAGGUGGCGUCUGGCAGUCCCUGGCCCGCGAGGCCCAGCUGGCGGAGGCCACCAUGGAGUCCCUGCUGGAGAAGCUCAACGGCUACCUCUCGCCCAGCAACCAGAAAGACGCCCCCGGCAAGAAGCCCCAGGCUGCUGCCUCUGAGACGGUGGCCGUCGUCUAUGCCCUGAGUGCGAUGGUCUCCAACCCCGAGUCGGCGGAGGCAGUGGCCAGCCUGUACCCCAGGCUCUUUGGCACCCUGGUCCUCUACCUCAGCUUCCUUGUCAGUGAGAAAAUGGCCGAGAGCCAGGGCAAGAGCUCCUCCAAGAGGAAGAAGCUGGGCCUGCAGCUGCCCAGCGCCCAGCCGCUCAACGUCUGGGACUCCGCGGUGGAGACGCUCAAGCUGACGCUCGUGCGCGGCGGCACGGAGGAGGUGAUCGGGUGCCUGGAGGACGAGGGGGCCUGGGAGCUGAUGAAGAGUACGGAGGGGCACCAGCGAGGCGUGGCCCUCCUCGCCCAGGCCACCGGCAGGCACGCCACCCGCUAUGUGGCCGGCAUCGUCCGCUUCCUGGAGCCGGCCCUGCUGCACCCCCAUGAGCACCAGCGGGUGACGGCGGCCGCGUUCUUCGGCGAGCUGCUGGCCCAGCCGGUGCUGCAGGAGCUGCCCGUCACCGACGUGCUGCUGAACAGCCUGCUGAAGAGCCUGGAGGACCCGUCGCCCUUCGUCCACUUGCUCUCCGUCCGGGGACUUGGCAACGUGGCCCUCGGGGCCCCCCGGACGAUCCCCGGGUACGCCGACCAGCUGCUGGCCGCCAUGGUGGGCGGGCUGGACCAGAGAGCCGAGCUCAACGACUUCGUCGCGCUGGAGGCCCUGACCGGCCUCUCCAAGAUCCUGGGGCACCUGGCCGAGGAGGACGUGCGGCCUGCCCUCACCGAUGUCAUCGCUGCCAUUCAGCCUUUCUUCGAGAGCGAGCGCGAGGGUCUGCGGGCUGCGGCCUUCACCGUCUUCGGGAGCCUGCUGCGCUUCGCUGACGGUGGCUCCCGCGACCUCUUCAUGGAGCACGUCCAUCUCAGCCUGGUCAGCCUCCUGCUGCACGUCAACGACAGCAGCCCGGAGGUGGUAGCCGCCUGCAAGGCCGUGCUCCACCUCCUCGGACCCCACCUGUGCUCGGACAAGCUCCGCGCCAUCUUCCGGGCCGAGCUGCUACAGGAGGCCAACGCCCGCUACUGGGACUUCAUCGACGAGCUGACCAGGCUGAUCAUCAGCGAGUUCCCGGACAAGUCCAGCCUCUACCUCUCCAGCAGCGUCUCCUUCUUCAAGAGCGUGCUCCCCGAGAUCCGGGGCAAUGCCAUCGUCCUGGCUGGCUUCCUGCUGCACCACCUGCCCAGGGAGUACGUGGAGGCCAGCGCCAACGAGAACGUCUGCGUGGCCAUCAUCAUGAUGCUGCACGACGUCUCGCCCUGCGUCCGCACCAAAGCCGCCAAGGUGUUGGGGCUCCGCCGGGUUUUCUAG